CCAAGGUAUUUCUCUCCCUUAAUCUCUUUUGUUUCACAGAGGUCAGCAGUCAGAGAUGUGUUUGAAGCUUCUCCCCAGAUGCCUAAGACAGGAACUCACGUGAUUAGAAUGCUUGUUUCUGAUGUUGGGUAUCGGAAGAGAUGUUCUACUUACAGGGUUCUCAGAUGCUGCAGGUUCUGGAGAACUCCCUGAGGAAGCACCUGCCUGAAACCUUAAAGGUUUAUGGGACUGUCUUCCACAUGAAUCAGGGAAACCCAUUCAAGCUCAAGGCUCUGGUGGACAAGUGGCCUGAUUUUAAUACUGUUGUUAUUCGACCUCAGGAGGAGGACAUGGAAGAUGACCUGGACCACUACACCAACACUUACCUAGUCUACUCUAAGGAUCCCGAGAAUUGUCAGAAGUUCCUCAGCUCAUCAGAAGUCAUUAACUGGAAACAACAUCUACAGAUUCAAAGUACACAGUCAAGCCUGGACAAAGUGAUAGAAAGUCUUGGAGCCAUUAACUUGGGCAAAGUCAAGCAUACACAGUGCUUUCUCUAUAUGAUACUUGAAACAGCAAAGAAACUGGCUCCUUCCUUGGUGGAUGGGAAUAACUUUGUAUGCAGAAGUGACACGUCCAAGCCCAUUAAUCAAGAAUUGUUCAAACUCACCUCCCUGGAUGUUACACAUGCUGCGUUGGUGAAUAGCAUCUGGCAUUAUGGUGGCAAUGAGAAAAGUCAGAAAUUCAUUGAGCGCUGUAUCCACACCUUCCCCAGCUCCUGUAUUAUGGGGCCAGAGGGGAUUCCCGUGUCCUGGGGCCUGAUGGACCACACUGGAGAAAUGAGAAUGGCAGGCACCUUGCCUCAGUACCGCAACCAGGGUCUCCUUUACCAUGUUGCCUCCCACCAGAUUCAAACUCUAGAUGAUCUUGGCUUCCCUAUGUAUGCACAUGCGGAUAAAGCUAACUUCAACAUUCAAAGAGUGGUUGCCAGGCUGGCUCAUGUCCCCAUGCCCUGUACUUGGAACCAGUGGAAUUAUGAGCCUCUAUGAAGCUGAAAAAAGUGAUGAGGAUACAGUCCUUGUAGACGGAGAAACAGCUGAGUGAACAGAGAGAAAUAAUAAAUGGUCAUUAGGUGACGUGUGUUUCUAGAAAGCAGGGGUAUAUCAUGAACUGCACACACAGUUUCUCUGCCUUCACAUUGCUCACACACUUAACUCCACUUCCUUGUCAUGCAGAAGGUCACUGUCUCCUGCUCCAACUCUGUCACAGGUCUCACAUUCUCAAGAUGCCUCCAACACAGUGGUUCUCAAACUUCCUAAUUCUGAUACCCUUUAAUACAGUUCUUCAUGUUGUGGUGAACCCUAACCAUAAAAUUAUUUUUGUUGCUACUUUAUAACUGUUACUUUGCUACUGUUAAGAAUCAUAACAUAUAUAUCUGAGUUUUCUGGUGGUCUUAGGCAACCCUUUGAAAGGGUCAUUCAACCCCCAAAGGUUUUGCAAUCGAAGGUUGAGAACACUGCUCUAAUGCAUUUAACUGAAUCAGUUUCUUUUCUACUUUGCUUUUACAGAUUCUGAUCCAUUCCCAUUAGCAAGUAGGUUUGUUUUGUGACCUGCCGCACCAUACAUUAAAACCUCAUCUGGCUUUCUGUUGUUUAUCUCUGAUUGACUGGAGAAGUAGCUUGUCAUCUAUAAAUACCUAUUCAAAAUCUUUAUCUCCCAGGUCACUUCCUAGGUGUUAUUUUUUAUGUAAAAACUACUAUACAUGCAUGCACAGAUGCACAAUGUGUGUGGUGAAAUUGUAGAAUUAGUAAGAAAUAAACUAGGGAUCAGCAGGUACAGAUACUGCAGCCAAGCCUGGAUACUUGAGGUCAAUUCCUAGGAACCACAUUGUGGAAGAAGAAACCAGUUCCAGCAAGUUGUCCUCUGUCCUCCACAGGUGUUCUGUGACAUGUAUAAUCACAAAUAAAUAAUAAAUAAAUGUAAUUUUAAAAAAGGA